AUGUUUAAAAAUCUUGUAAACAGCGUCGGUCGCCGCUCUCUUAGCACCUCUGCUAGACGCACGAACAACCUCUACGACCAAUCCAUCCCAAACCUCGCUGUAAAUAAGGACACUAGAGUUCUCUGUCAAGGAUUCACAGGUAAAACUGCUACCUUCCACUGCAGAGAAGCCAUUUCGUACGGUACCAACAUGGUUGGCGGUGUCAGUCCUUCAAAGGCAGGCACUGAGCACUUGGGUUUACCUGUCUUCGGAUCUGUCAAGGAAGCUGCCCGUGAAGCUAAACCUGAUGCUACCGUCCUCUACGUUCCUCCUCCUUUCGCUGCCAAUGCUAUAAUCGAAGCCAUCGAGAAUGAAAUCGGCUUGAUCGUCGCUAUUACUGAAGGUAUCCCUCAAGCUGAUGAAAUCAAGGUUGCUCACGUACUCCGCCAACAAACUAAAUCUCGUCUUCUUGGUCCAAACUGCCCUGGUGUCAUAAAUCCUGACGGCUGCAAGAUUGGUAUCAUGCCUGGGUACAUCCACUCACCAGGAAAGGUCGGUAUCGUGUCUAGAUCUGGUACUCUCACUUAUGAAGCUGUCCAACAAACCUCUGAAGUCGGUUUGGGUCAAUCUAUCUGUUUGGGUAUUGGUGGUGAUCCUUUCCCAGGUACCACCCACGUCGAUGCCCUUAAACUCUUGCUUCACGAUCCAAAGACUGAGGCUGUCGUUUUGAUUGGUGAGAUUGGUGGUUCAUCUGAAGAAGAAGCUGCAGAAUACAUCAAGCAAAACAAUAUUCACAACAAGCCAAUUGUCGGUUUCAUCGCUGGUGUUUCAGCUCCACCUGGCCGUAGAAUGGGUCACGCUGGUGCUGUCAUCUCUGGUGGUGGUGUCGGUAAGGCUGAGACUAAGAUUAACGCUCUCAGAAACGCAGGUGCAGUUGUUGUUGAGUCCCCAGGUGAAAUUGGUGCUGCUAUUCUCAAAUCAGCUAAGGCCGCUGGUAUCGCGUAA